AUGGUGGAGGAGUUGAGCCGCAGGGAGGCCAAAGCUUUGCUGGUCCCCUGGUCCCCAACUGUUUGUCGCGGUGUCCAGUUCCCGGCUGCGGUCUUGGUCUUCUUGCGGACGAAGCUCGUUGCAGUCUUCGCCACCGAGCUCGCACUGACCAUGGCAAGGGGGCGCUAUACUGUCGCCAAGCGCAACAAGGCGGCUGCGAACCGAGUGCAGGGACUCCAGGUGGCACGCAGCAAGGGCCACACUCCAGAGUGGUUUGGCUGUCCGUCCCCGAAUGCGGACCAGAAACAUUUGAUCUACCGCAUCUUUUGCACCACCUGCACGCAGAGCACGGUCAAGGCGUCGGACUCCGGUCUUCUCGGGUACCAAGCGGGGCAAGCUUUUGGAGCGACUGAAGGCUUACUUGCAGCAGGAGGACGUCGACGACAACAACCGGCGCGCCACGCGGCGCAGUGUGGAGGUCCUUGUGAAGCUGCUCUUGCAGAGUGGCGCCAAGCGCCCAAGAAGAGUGCAAUUCUUAAGCUGUCGCUGAUUUGGCUGCUUACUGCAAAGCGCGUUGCCUCUGCUUACAGGAGACGCGCCUUGCUGAGGAAAGUUACACUGCUACUCACCACGCUUUCAAACUUUUGGGUUGGUCGUUCUUUGUGGGACCGCAAAGUUUAUCUACCUCUGGUCAGAUCACGGAUUGGCCUUGCCAACGGCUUCGAUCAGCUUCCUUGGGAGUUGGAGUUUGAGCACCGCGUCAUGGCUGUCAAGCUCUCCCGCUCUCGUCAACGACCUCUUCUUCUUCUUCUGAACGUCUACCUUCCGGCGGCGGACUUCGCUCUCGGCACGCGCAUCAUGGAGAAGCUCAUGGAGUGGGAGUGGGUCAUCUUCAGCGACUUCAACCGGGAGCAGCAGCAGUACCCGAUCAGUCACUACCUGGCGGCGGGCUUCGCUUGCGCUUGCGAUCCUCCUCAUACGACGAUGGGCGCCCGCAGGGACGAGGAGGGCAAUUUGGAGCGCAAACGCAUCGAUUAUGGCUUCGACAGGUCAUCGCUGGAACCAGAAUGCAAGGGGGUGGCGGACCACGACUUGGUGAGCUACAGCUUCGGCGCCUGCCAGUUCACUGUUCCCUAUAUACACUUGGCCUCCCCGGUGCUCUCUUGGUGCAGAGGAGGUCUGGGAGGAGGCUUGGCUGCGCAGCUGGCGCUUCGUGGACGACGAGUUCUGGCAGGUGGUAAGCACUGCUGA